AUGCUGCUGAAUCUUGGCCUCACAGCGGAUGCCGCAGCAGCCCAUACAAACGAUUCCGCCCGCCUUGAAUCUCCACCAGCUCCCAACUCUGCUUACACUACCGCAUUCUCACUACCCGCGCUGCCAUUCCUGAGCGCUCUCUAUAAGAAAACCAAGCAGACCGAUGGUCCUGCGCAGCCCGCGGGACGACCAACCGGCGAGGACAUGAUCCCCGUCGCGUCCACGAGCAAUGGGGAGUCUUCCAAAGACGUCGCUCCGGUCACCAGACCUCGAACCAUUAACUCUGCUUAUACCGUUCGGAAAUCUUCGCGGCCGAAAACAACCUACCAGCUCGCCCAUCCCGCUGCACAUGCCCGCCAUAAACGACUGAAACUUCGGCCCAAGUUGCUCCUACAGCUCCAGCAGGUGUCUCAGACCCCUCGACCAUUGCCCAUCCUUGACAUUUUACCCUCUACGCUGUAUCUACCUCGGCUGGCUCGAAGGUUCCCUGCGAUGUUCCGCGGCAGGAACGGGCUCGGUCCCUACGACUUGAUUAUCGUGACGAGCGAACUAUACGAACGCAAGGUAGCAGGCGUUAAUCAAGCGAGCUCCGAGGACGAGGAUGAAGACCAUCGAGAAGUGGUAGCCACAAUCUGCCAGAUGCUUCAGGAAGAUGCUCGUUUGAAAGGAAAGGCAGAGAUAUGUUUGAAUUUUGGUCCGAUGUGGGAGGCGACGCCUCUUCCAAGUGGUUCAUACGAGUUUGUUGCGCGUACGGAGAAUGGUGUGCGCGAUGAUACCAAGCGAUUCACAUUCAGCGUCAUCGACCCCACCACCCGUCGACAUCCCGUCAUCGCUUCCAUGACAAAGAACCAGCUGGAGGUGUUUGACGAGUAUUCGGCAGUGAUUCGGUCCGGAGCCGGUGCCGGCACUGGGCAUACGACUCCAAGCUCUGGUAUGUCUGUGGUCAGCGACAUGUCUGAUGAAGAACCCAACGAGGCGAACAAGGUUACCCUUGAUGACGGCUUGCGUACAUUAAUUAUCAUUACUGGGAUUUGGGUCGCCUUUCGCGAAGGCUGGUCCAACAACUUCAGCUACGGUGACCCGGUUGCCUCGCCCACCAUCAAAACGCUUGCCUCUCCGAAGUCCUCACGGUACAACUCACCGGCCCCGAAUGAGAAUGACGUGCCGAUUAAUCGCGAUGACCUGAGCCCAAUGAAAGAAUCCAUGAAUGGCAAGCGCUGCAUGUCGAUUUCGAGCAUUCGGCGUUCCAAUUCUGUGGCACCCACUGACGGUGGGGAAACUUUCGGCAGCCUUUCGAAACGAUCCAACUCGACCGGUGCUGCCUUUAUGGACCGGGCCAAGCGACGAAGCGCGUCGGGCAUUAGCACCCGGCUCAAUCGACACAGCAUAUUCACAGGCAACGGCGAGCCCGGUCGUGAAAUAGUCGUUUCUCGACCUUCUUCACAACCCCAUUCUUUGCGACAAAAUUCCAUCGAACUCGAAGAUAUUCCCCGUCCCGAUCAUUCCAAACGCAAAUCAAAAACCCAGCCAAUGACUGAAAACGGCAAGCCCACCGUGGAACCCGAUCAGAUCAUCGGCUUUCCUCAAGCCAACCAUCACGCUCGUCAUGCCCAAUCGCCUCAACCCGAGGCCAAAGACCCCGAGUCAAACGCAAAGGGAAAACGACGACACCGACUCAGCAACAUCUUCACGAUCUUUCAUCGAAAACACGGCGCUCACUGA